GGGGAGACCGGGACUGUAUCUGUGCUGCUGGGAGAUGGGUCCCUGUGAUUGUGGCGAAUGAUCACAAUAAUGGGUACUCGCUUUCCCAGCCUUGGUGGUGAUUGAAUGUAAUCUCAGCCACCGCUGCUCCCUCUCUUACUCCAAAAGAGGAAGUGGCCUCUCUCUUGGGAAGUGGAAAGAAGAUACGACGGCUAUAAUCAGAAAACAAAAUAAUGCAGAGCAGACUCAGUUAAACUGUUGUUUGUUCUUCGGAGAUGAUGUUACGUACAAGAGCAAUUUAGUACGUGUGUGUGUGUGUGUUUUAAGUACAGCAUAGGCUCGCAUUUUAUAGUUCCAAAUGAACCUAGAUGGACGCUAAAAGCUAGAGAGAGAAGAAAAUGUGCGCGAAAUCUGGAGCAAAACUUCAAAAGGCUGUUCGCAAUCGUUGGCAGGUGAAGAAAGAUGAACAAUUCAUUAAACCCACAAUCCUACAUUCGAUCCUUGAACCAUAGGCUCAUUAGAGAACUAUCAGACUUAUUGGAUCCACAAGAUGGGUGGAAGAAAUUGGCAGUGAACAUCAGAAAACCUAGUGGAGAGCUAAGAUAUAGCCAGUUACAUAUAAGGAGAUUGGAAGGAGUGGUUAAAAUGGGAAAGAGCCCUACCACAGAACUCUUGAUUGACUGGGGAACAACCAACACCACAGUCCUUGAGCUUGUAGAGAUACUGAUUCAAAAUAAUUUCCUUGCUGCCGCUAACUUGUUGCUUCCAGAAGAAGUAUCAAAGGCAAUACCAUCUUGUUCACCAAUGGAAAUAACUACUACGUCUAACUCUAAUGCUGCAUGUAAAUCAAUGAUACAAGUUUCUGAUCAUGAAGCAACUUACCAUGAUACAAACUGCACCACCCAACAAACUGCCUUAGUGGCUAACAGUUCAAUUCAGCAAAACCUUGCUUCUGAUUCUAUGGAAACUAGUCUUCAAAGUUUCAGCUAUUAUGAAUUAAUGCAGCGGACUAGUAACUUUGACGAGCGUCCAGUUUCAUGUGGUGGCAGUAAGAUCGGUGAGGGUGGGUUUGGAAUUGUUUACAGGGGUCUCAUAAACAACAAGAUGGUGGCAGUGAAAAAAUUGGCAGGGCCAUCUCAUCAACAUAACAUCAGUCCUGAAGAGCUGAAACAUCAGUUCCUUCAAGAAGUUAAGACAUUAGCAAGGUGUCGACAUGAAAACUUGGUCGAGUUACUUGGUUUUUCCAAUGAUUGGGAACAUCCCUGCCUGGUAUAUGCCUACAUGUCCAAUGGGUCAUUGCUGGACAGAUUAGCAUGCUUGGGAAAGACACCUCCAAUUACAUGGCACAGAAGGUGCAGCAUUGCUUUAGGCACAGCCAAUGGGUUAAAAUACUUGCAUGAAAAUAAUCAUAUACAUCGUGAUGUAAAGAGUGCAAAUAUCUUGUUGGAUCCUUUGUUUGUUCCUAAAAUUUCAGACUUUGGACUUGCUCGGGCUGCAUCACAAUUAACACAGACUGUGAUGACUGAUAAAGUUGUAGGCACAACAGCAUAUAUGGCUCCAGAGGCUUUACGUGGGGAGAUUACACCAAAGUCAGAUCUUUUUAGCUUUGGAGUGGUCUUGCUGGAAAUAAUAACAGGACUUAAAGCAGUCGAUGAACAUCGUGAACCACAACUGUUGCUUGAUAUCAAGGAGGAAAUAGAUGAAGAAGAAAAGACAGUUGAAGAUUAUGUUGACAAAAAAAUGCAUGACUGGAACUCUGUAUCAAUUAAGAAAAUGUAUUUAACAGCAAGGCAGUGUUUACAUGAAAAAAAGAACAAGAGACCGAGUAUCACAGAGGUGUAUAACUCAUUGAAAGAGACUUCAGUUACUUCACAAUGAGUUGAUGCUGGAAUUGUCUUCCUGGUUACAAGAGAAGUAUUACUUGGGACAACAGUGUAAACUUUGCAAUUUGGUCUAUCUAGAGUAUCCUUGAAUAAACUUUUUAUUACUUA